ACGGAGUUUUCCCUAAUGAAAUCAUAAAGAACCGCCAAGUUGGUCAAUACCAUAUUAGUCACGUGGAUCUGAAGUUGCCAAUCGGUUGUGUUACCGGGUUUUAGGAUCUUUGAAUUUGUUAAGUUCACGAAUAUGUCUACGACGAAGCAGCCACAAAAUGCUCACAGCGAUCACAAAGAGAAAAAACGAAAAGAAAGUAUUCUCGAUCUUUCAAAAUAUUUGGAGAAAAAUAUACGGGUGAAGUUUGCUGGUGGACGAGAAGCUGUUGGCAUCCUCAAAGGCUAUGAUCCUUUACUGAAUCUUGUACUGGAUAAUACUAUUGAGUACUUACGUGAUCCUGACGAUCCUUAUAAACUUAACCAAGACACAAGAAUGUUGGGUCUGGUUGUAUGCCGUGGUACAUCUGUUGUACUUAUCUGCCCUGUGGAUGGAAUGGAGUCCAUUCAAAAUCCAUUCGUUCAACAAGAAGGCUAGUGAUCGAUGACAGCAAUUUCUGUUUAAAUUUAUCUUACCGCACCAUCCCUCAUCAGAACCAUCUGGACAAUCUACACUUCCGUCGCAGAAAUAAGUGGCUGGCAAACACGUUUCAUCGCCACAGGCUAAGUUACCCUUGUCACAAUGACCUUUGUCCAGUAACGGUUUCGGAGGCUGUUCCUCUGAUAAAUAUGUAAAUUCAUCACAUCACAAAUGGUAUAGCAAAGCCAAAAUUAUGGACGUUGAAAGAAACAGUAGUUUUCUCACCUAAAGCUAUAUCACAAUUAUCGACGUUUCCUUUGAAAUCGCAAAUCUGUCGUGAGACAUCAAAGAGUAGUCCUUGCGAGCAUUUAAAUUCAAAAACUUCAUCGUCUGCAAGAUAAGGUUGCAAUUAUAAUUCAUUAUUAUCGAACUAUACCUAAUACUAUAUUUAAUUCUAUUUGAAAUUCCCCUGGGAUGCAGUAGAAGUUAUGAAAUACAAUUGAAGGAAACUA